AUGCUCAGAUUAUCCUCAAACUCCUCAGAUUAUCCUCAGACUACUCCUCAAACUCCUCAGUCUAAUCCUCAGACUCCUCCUCAGAUUAUGCUCAGAUUAUCCUCAAACUCCUCAGACUACUCCUCAGACUACUCCUCAAACUACUCCUCGGUCUAA